AAAAUUUGAUUUCUUAUUUCUAGAAUUGAAAAAUAUUUUAUAACUAAAAUGUAUGAUUCAUGAUUUCACAGUUUUAAUCUAAAAAAUUAGAUGAGAAGUAAAAAUGAAAUAAAAGAAAAGGCUUUCUACCCUACCCCUCCCCCCUAGGAUAUCUUAUGUUUCUGAAUUGGUUAAGCUUACUCUUUAUAUGUUUUUAACUUUUUAUUUUUUUUAAAGAUUUAAUUUUUAACAAUAUGUAUAGAAUAAAAUAGAUGAUGGUCGAAGCAAUUAAACAGAGUGCUUACACGUCUGCACCACCCUGUCACAGUUCUUGUUUACAUCAUUUUCUCCAUUUCACUUCUUGUUCUCCAAUUUUCUUCCUUGUGAUGCAACUUCCAUCAUGUUCUUGGUUAAAUUUUGAAAGAAAAGUUUUGUAGGAUGUCUCUGUAAUCAAUAUUAUCAGUUAAUAGAAUUUUGUUUGGACAUCCUUUAAUUUCCUAGAUUUGCUUGUUUUAGGUUUCACACAUAAUUUUUCAUUUGAAUUUAGUAAAAUUUAUAGGUCUUAGGAUAGUUUCUUGUGGAACUCCUGAUUCAACAUGAUGCAUGACAUGAUACAUCAUAAUCUGUUAAACUAUUGAUUCCUGAUAUAAUUUCAGAGAGGAUGGCAGGAAAUAUUUAGGAAAACAUAUUGGAGGAAGAGUUUAAACUAAAAGAGGAAAAUGUGUCUGUCAAGGAGGAAGUACCCUUCCCUUCUACUGUAGAGGAUACAUGUACUGUAUAUAUAAAGGAAUAAGUCAAAACUGAAAAUACUGAGAUUUAAGAGAAUGGCCUGAUAGAAGGAAUAAAGAUGGAGAAUACUGAGAUUAAAGAAGAGAUUGUGGAAGAAAUCCUUCCAUCCUCUACUGUAGAAAAUACAUGUAGCGUUUAUAUAAAGGAAGAAGAUGUUAAAGUUGAAAUAACUGAAACGCAAGUUCUCGAUGAAGAGAAAUCUCCGCUUUUUGGAUCAAAGAUUAACAAGAAGAGGAAACUAGAGGGAGUGAGAUAUCCUUGUAAUAAAUGUGAAUAUUCUGCAACUAAACGAAAUCAUCUCACAGAACAUAUUAAAAAUAAACAUGAUGGAGUGAGAUAUCCCUGUGAUAAAUGUGAGUACGCUGCUACUAGAGCAACUAAUCUCAGAAUUCAUAUUAAGAGUAAACAUGAAGGAGUGAGAUAUCCAUGUGAUAAAUGUGAGUUCGCUGGAACUACUGCAAACAUUCUAAAAACACAUAUUGAGAAUAAACACGAAGGAGUGAGAUACCCUUGUGAUAGAUGUGAGUACGCUGGUACUACAGCACAAUUUCUAAAAGCUCAUAAGGAGAGCAAACACGAAGGAGUGAAAUAUCCCUGUGAUGUUUGUGAGUUCGCUGCAGCAGCAAAAAAGAGUUUAAAGAGACAUAUUAAGAUAAAACAUAAAUCAAGCAUUGAGAAAACCUUGUGGUGAAUGAGAACGUGCUGCAACUAGAGUAGGUGAUCUACAUAAGCUUAUUACAACUAAACAUGAAGGACAGAGAUAUCUCUGUGACAAAUGUUAGUACACAACUUCUAAAGCUGGUUAUCAUAAACUACGGUGCUAUGGAAACGCCUCAACACGGAAUCGGACCUAAAAAACGGAAACCUCCCCAAAAGGAUUUUUUUUGAGGGGUUUCCGUUUUUUUAAAUUAUCGGAAAUCCCAAAAAUCUAAGUUUUAGAGGAAUUUCCCGUUUUCUUUGCUCCGUUUCCCCGGUUUUUAAGGUCGGAUUCUGGUCUUAUAUUUUUGAGGGAUUUCCCAAUAUUUUCGAUCCGUUUCCUCAUUUUUUGGGUCUGUUUUCUCUUUUUUCAGGU